AUCCAAAGUAUAAACGGCAAUAAAAUCCUGGUUACACUGAAGCAUUGUCAUUGAAAGCGGGGAUUCCGAUGGCUAUGAAUGCAUCAGUGGCAGCGGCUGCGCUCAGUCUUCCUCGUUGUGUGCAUCGAUGAAGUUGUUUCAAAGAUGGCGGACUUCCUGCCGUCCCGCUCAGUUUUAUCUGUUUGUUUCCCAAACUGUCUCCUCACUAGCGGAGAGGCAGAGCAGCUGCGGAAAUCGAAAGAAAUAGAUAAGUGUCUUAUUCGAGAUAAGACGUACGUUAAAAGGCUAGUUAAAAUCCUCUUACUUGGAGCAGGCGAGAGCGGCAAGUCUACUUUCCUUAAACAGAUGCGCAUUAUCCAUGGGCAGGAUUUCGAUCAGAGGGCCAAAGAAGAAUUCAGAGCCACUAUUUAUAGCAAUGUUAUUAAAGGUAUUCGAGUCUUAGUGGAUGCUCGAGAGAAGCUUCACAUCCCAUGGGGAAACUUGUCCAAUCAGCGUCAUGGUGAUAUGUUGAUGGCGUUUGACACCCGGUCUAUGAUGGCCCACGGCCAUGGUAUGGUGCAGCCCAAAGUUUUUCAGCAUUACCUGCCAUCUAUCCGGACCCUGUGGACUGACCAGGGAAUCCAGAAUGCCUAUGACCGCCGCAGAGAAUUCCAAUUGGGAGAGUCCGUCAGGUAUUUCCUGGACAAUUUGGAAAAACUCGGACAGUCGGACUACCUCCCCAGCCAGCAGGAUAUCCUCUUGGCCCGAAAGCCCACCAAGGGCAUCCACGAGUACGACUUUGAGAUUAAAAAUGUGCCUUUCAAAAUGGUGGAUGUAGGGGGUCAGCGUUCAGAGAGGCGCCGCUGGUUUGAAUGCUUCGACUCAGUCACUUCCAUCCUUUUCCUUGUGUCCUCCUCUGAAUAUGAUCAGGUUUUGAUGGAAGACCGGCAAACCAACCGACUGAGCGAGUCCCUAAACAUCUUCGAGACCAUCGUCAACAACCGAGUGUUCAUCAACGUCUCCAUCAUCUUGUUCCUGAACAAGACGGACCUGCUGGAAGAAAAGGUGAAACAGGUAUCCAUCAAAGACUACUUUGGCGAGUUCUCUGGCGACCCCAAAAGCCUGGCAGACGUCCAGGCCUUCUUGGUGGAAUGUUUUCGCAAAAAGCGGCGAGAGCACCAGCAAAAGCCUUUAUACCACCAUUUCACCACCGCGAUCAACACUGAGAACAUCCGCCUGGUCUUUCGCGACGUUAAGGACACCAUCCUGCAUGACAACCUCAAGCAGCUGAUGCUGCAGUGAGGGGAGGAGGAGGAGGAGGAGGAUAUACGGGUGUGCCACACUUAACAUGGACCACAGGAAGACAGACAGAUGCGGGGUUUUAAGGUGUCGUCUUCCUUACCCCGCCCGUCGGCCUUUAAGGGGAAACGGAUAUUGUUCCCCUCUCCCCCCCUUUCUUAUAGACUGAAUCAAAGCCACCACUACUACCAACACCACCCUUCCCCUUUUGCUUAUUCAUCAUCGUCAUUCUGACUUGUAACAGUUGCCAUUCGCCAAUCUGUACCCUUCCAACCACUGUAAAUGACCUUGACCCCCCCCCUCCCCCACCACCACCCAAUUGCCACUCUCUAAUGGAUCUCCUUAUUAGUCGUGCAAAUUGUCACACUGCUCUUUUUUUUUCCCCCAAUGCUGCUUUGAGCUCUGUUGAAGGGGUGCGUCGUGGGAGGGUCCUGUUUUGACUUGGUGUUGUCGUUAUGGCUGCCAAAGGACAUCUUUCUCCCAAGGUCUCGCUUUGCCUUUUCAAAACCACUUUUUUUUACCUGCUCUCUGACUUGCUUGCAUCACAGGGGCUGUCCUUAGGUUUUUGGGUGAACGGGAAAAGAUGAGGGCCUUAUGUACAGACACAGUCAGUCUCAUCUGUUGCAUAUUUUCGAAUCAUGUAAUUCCUUUUCAUAACACCAACCAAAUUUAUAUGUAUACCUAUUCAUUUUUGGUUAACUUAUAUUUUAUAGGGUUUCUACUUUCUUGAUUUGUAACUGCUGUUGGGCUUUGUAUAAUCAAUGAAGUGGGGUGGAAUAAGAAAACAGCACAGACACAACCACUUGUCAAACUGUCCAGUACAGCUUUUUUUUCUUUCCUGAUUUGCUGUUUCUCAGGGCACUUUGUGAACCACUUUAUUCUGAUUUGAAGCCAACUGUCUCUUAUGUUCGGCCUUUGCAUUCACCCGUUCUGCAUCUGGCCACUUAAUAUGCACAUAUGACUUGGAAACAAGCAUGUCUCAUGGCUUGUGACUUUUUUUUUUUUUUUUAAGGGACCAAUGACAUGAGUUUUAAGAACCAAGACCUUGGUUUUUUUUGGGCUGUCUAUAUCAUACACAAGGUAAACAUGGCUUGAGGAAAAACUUGCUCGCUGCAGCUCUGGCUCAGUCGCAUCCCUUUGGGUCACGUGUUCUCUUGUUCCUUAAAUGAGCUCAAUUGUAGCUUUUCAACAUCUGUCUGACCUUUCCAAAAUGUCGUCCACGAUGUUAAACGAGAUGCGAGAUGAAAGUGACCCCGCCGUGUUCUUCAACUGGAUGAAGAUGAAGUUUCCACAUGUGGUGUGAACAGCCAAGCCUAAAGUGUGCAGCUUUGUCAGUUUGAAAUAAAGUGGACCCUCCAAAGUCAAAUGCCCUCCAUUCGAAUUUGUUUAAAUAAAUCCAAUCCGACUGAAUCUGCCACUAUCAUAAAAUCUUUAACAAAUGAUCCAUUUCUGCAACUUCGAGCGCAAUUUGAUUGAUUUUUGGAGGUCCAGCUGCGACGAGUUAACCUUGUGAUCACAACUAUGAAUGUGAUGUAGUCAAUAUAAGAUGCUUUAUUUUAAAUUUAGGGAUUAACUAAUGUCAAUUUGUACUUCCCUUUGACUCUUAGGUGAAACAAAGCCAAUCCCCGUGUGAAUGUUACCAUCGAAAGAUGUUUGUGAAAAUACAAUGCACAAGACACACAGCUUGGAGCAUUGGAUUGUGUUGUAUUUGAUACUGAGAAUUAUGGUCAUGUAAUCUUGUGUGAAGAACUAAUUAUUUAAAAACGGAGUGAAAUUGCAGAGGGCCUGCCAUUGAUUGUUUUUUUUUUUGGGGGGGGGGGGUCUGAUCGUUUUUCAUUUUAGCCCUUUUAAAUCUUGAUUCCCUUGCAUGCAUCUGAAGUUGGAAACCAAAGGCUGAAAGCCAGGAUGUGUGUUACCAAAAGAGCAGUUUAUCUGUCUGGUCAGGAUUUUUUUCACCCCAAUCUCUCGCUACCAACGUUUCGAGAAGCCCAUACAAGCAUCCACGUUGUAAAUAUGUUUGGUCAUGUCUUAACAAAUAUUGGCACCUGAAGUUUAGUCUUGAGGUGCCAUUUGAUGAUGAUUAUGUUGAGGGUGAGUCUUUAACAGUUCCGUUGAUUAAAAUGACGCGUCUUAUAUUUCAUUGUGAACCGAGGUUCCGCUGUUUUACUGUUAAAUGUUGUCUCAUCAUGCGUCCGCGUCUCUGUUGUGUCAUCAUUCGCUCAUCCAAACGGUCGUCUUUAGGAAGAACGGCAAAUUACGGUAACAUCCACAAAACGGCACACACUGAGAUAUGUAACACCGUUUAAACAUUUGUAUCCACGCAUCAACAAACGUGGCUGCACAUCGUCCAGUAACUCCGCAUUACUUGUGAAAGAAUUUAUUGCAAGUUAUUUUCUUUUUUUUUUUUUUAUAAUUCAAGGAUGCAGCGUAGUCCUUUCCAUUUGUUCUCUUCAGCCGUUGUUGUUGAUGACCAUGCACGUUAGCUGACGUACAAAAUGUUGUUUUCAACCGCAGCGCUUCCAUGAGGAUAUUAGAAGAACCAAGCAAAUAGUUCGCUUUACGGUACAACUUGGCCCAGAAGACGCGAUGAAAAGAUUGGAGUCUUCAAAAUGCUUGGAAGCCAGAAAUAAAGUGGCAUUUGUGAGAAAAAUGCUAACACGUCUUAAAAGCUAGGUGUAUUGUUUGGAACGCUUGUUAGGAGCCACACUUUUUUUUAUUGUCACUUGUGAUCGGAAUCUCAUCUUUGGGUCCAAUUUGGUAGGAUUUGAAGUUGUAAACGGAUUCAACCACGUUUACAUUACUUGUAUAGGACAAUGAAGGAACUAUGAUAAAACUAGUACAAUAAAAUCUAGGAAAGGGCAUUUGAUUAGUUUUCCUUGACUGAUUUUGAGGAAAAUGAAGCAUAAACUAAUUGUAAAGCGGAAAAAAAAUGAUAGAGUACCGUUCAUGUUCACGUGUGGGCCAUCAUAAACACGAUUUCCUUGAUAGCUGUCAGUUCGUUUUUUCUCAAUUGCUUCAAGGUGUAAGUUCGCCGUGUCCUGAAUGGGACUGCGUCUUUUCAAAACACGUUGGCCCACAUCCAUGGGAUGAGGGCUCAUAUAAAAGUGCCAGGAAUCGUAUGCUUAGGCCUUCAUGAAACGGAUACCUUUUUCUAAUUGUUUCCGUUUACUCUCUAUGGCAUUCCUCAUAUUGUCUGGCUAACUAACUUAUUGGGGACCAGAUCCACAAGAUUCUUGACUGAUACAAGAUAUGCACGAACGUUAAGUGUGCGUUAGUUAAAUCGCAUGACUGUUUUGAUUCCAGGCAUCUAAAAUAAUGAAGUUCUGUUCAAAAGCAUCAAUACUGUAUAAUUAUGCCUGUCCUAACAUAUGGCCGACCACAUCGUCGGCGUCAAGACUCUUGUAGUUUUGCCAACACUUGACACACAGGAUGACAUCAUAACAGAACAGGCCGACACGCUCAGACAGCAAUUGUUCAUGCGGAACAAACUUUAAGGGCAUUUGACUGAGGGUAAACUAAUGUUAUUAUAAUUAUAAAAUGUUAUUUAAAAACCUGUUUUGAAGGGAUGGGGAUUUAAGGCCUUACAACUUAAUUUAUGGACUAAAUAAACCAGGACAUGUUUCAUGAUAAAACCGCACAUUCAUAAUAACCACCUUGUUUGGCAUGUUUUCCGUUGACCAAAGUCUAAACAAGAACCGGUGGCGGUGCUAGGAGCAGCAUAGUAUUUUGCUUGUGCUCAUGAGUGUAUGCCCUCAACUUGAAUCAUGGAUGAAAUCGGAAUUUUCAGAGGCGCAACGUGCUUUUCUUGAAGCACGUCGAGGCCUCGGGCGGCCUCGAACCCACACCACCGCACGUACGCAUAAACCCAUAUGACAUUGGUGGAAGCCAGAGAAGUGGUCUUGCCUUGCAACAUUCCGCAUUUCUCAUGGUGACUCGUGCCAAAUCUGUCUCGGAGUCUCAUAUGUAAUUCCAGAUUAAGUUGAAGAUGCUGGUCUGUUUUGGUUUUUCAGCUCUUGUGAGAGCAAAGUGUAACAGUGUCAACAAAGAAAUGUAACUUCCCCAAAUACUCAUCUUUUUGCUAAUUCAGAUUUUCACAAAGCUUUUGUAGUUUUUGUAAAAUGUUACACUGGCCGUCUGAUGUCCUCAUAUAUCAAAUAAUUGUAAUAAGCUUCUCCUGUGAUGUUUUUUUUUCCAUAAAGCUUUCAAUGUACAGUCUAACUUAUGCUGUCUCACCACUUUGCUCCUCAAUAAAUCAAAUUGUUGUUUGUUUUUAA